CGGGUUUUUCAUGUAGAUAAUAUCACCAAAAUACACAUCAUUGUUUACAUAUUCAUGUUUCGUUUUCCUUCCUGAUCAGACAAUGGAUAAGGAACUUACUGGAGUUUCAGAUGUAGUUUACACGUUUGAUACAAACAAUGACUAUCCUAAUGCAUUGGGGUACAUUGAUGUAGAAACUACGAAUACAUACCGUCAAGGACGACCAUAUAAAUUGUUUGGAACGCCAGGCAAAAGUUCAGCUGUUUUUACUUUAGACUUACCAAAGGUCUGUCGGGUCCUUAAAUUAGAGAUGACUUUGAAUCAUUGUAGAACAAACUGCAAUGGAACUAUUGAUAUUAAGAUUAAUGGCAGAUUCUUCCGUGAAGGAUAUAGCUACGCAAGAUGGGAUGAGUUUGGCGAGCAGACGUUUCAGAUUCCGUUGAACCUUUUGACAGAUGGAGAGAAUACAUUUGCUAUAAUUCUGACCAAGGAGAGUCGAGGUGUUUACUGGCUGUCAGAUAUUCAAUUUCAACUGAAACAUACCUAGACAUAAACUAUUAAAAUUCUCAACUUCCAAUCGGAUAUCGUGUUGAAACUUUAGUUUUAAGAAACAGUAUACUACUGUUGCCUUUAUAUAUUAACUUAGUUUUGUUACCAGUUACGUGGAUGGAUAUUUUAUCCAUAGCUUAAUCUUCUUCCUUUAUUCAUCGAAAUUGUUAUGAAAUCCUGAAUUUUAAUACAACUAAAGAUUUAAGUGAUUUGUGGUAAAUAUUUCCCUGACUUAAUUAUUCAAAUGUAAAAAAAAUCAUGUUGAAUUCAUUGAAA